UAUUCAAUAUAAAAGCGCUAUUAAUUCAUAGGACAUCAUCAGUUGAAUAAAUUUAUUCGUUCAAUAUACACGGAAGUGUAUAUUAUUAUAUAUUCUACAGUCAAUAGUGAAGUUUAAACAGUAUAUCAUUAUACAGAUACCACUGGAAAUAGAAAGGAAUACCAUGGCAGACAAAAAUAAUAUUUUAUACUUGUUCGAUCGUCCUACUGAACCUAUAUUCAUCGGGAAAGGCGAUGAUAAUGUGUCUUUCGAUGUGCCUACUGAAUACUUGAUCGACCGUUACAAACCAUUGGCAUCGGACAUUCAAACUCGUUUUCCCGGUGGUAAAACCAUUCCAAUCAUCAAGUUGAACAAUAUUCCUGACUUAUCAAUUCCACUAGGACUUAGUAGAAAUGCGCCAUUUUCGCUUUUCAACCCAUCCCACAGUAAAAUGGCCUCGAAGCUCAUCGAGAUUCUAAUGAACACGAAAUCGUACGACGAACUCUUAUCACUUUCUGUGUACUGUCGCGACCGGAUCAACCCGUACAUGUUUACUUACGCACUGUCCGUAGUAUUAAUACACAGACCCGACACUCGCAAUUUAAGACUACCAUCGCACUCGGAAAUGUUUCCUAGUCUGUACAUGAACUCUUCGGUGUUCAGCCGCGCCAGAGAAGAAUCGGCUGUGGUUCAAGCCGGCUCUAGGUCGAGACGAGAAGCCAGAAAAUUACCCGAACGUAAUGGCGCGUAUUGUCGACAAUCACGUUUUGAACAACACGAACGAUCUUGUUUGUCAACUCCAAUCGAAAUACCGCACGAUUAUUCUGCCAACAACCUGGACUCGGAGCACAGGGUUAGUUAUUUCCGCGAAGACAUUGGCAUCAACCUCCAUCACUGGCAUUGGCAUUUGGUCUACCCGUUCGACGGACCGCUCAAUAUUGUAAAUAAGGACAGGCGUGGUGAAUUGUUUUUUUACAUGCACCAACAAAUUAUAGCUAGAUACAACAUGGAACGGUUAAGCAAUAAUUUGAAUAGAGUAGUUCGUUUGACCAACUGGAAUGAACCGAUUGCAGAGGGCUACUUCCCAAAAUUAGAUAAUAUUUUAGCUAAUCGUGUGUGGUCUCCAAGACCCGCCAAUGCAGUACUUACAAAUAUUAGCAGAGAAGUAGAACAAAUCACAUUUGACAUAGAAGAUCUUGUGCGUUGGAGAGACCGUCUGUUCAAUGCUAUUCAUUCUGGAUUUAUUAUCAACACUGCUGGUCAACAAGUUAGAUUAACUGAAAAUGACGGAAUAAACAUAUUAGGAAAUCUUAUCGAAGCUAGUAUAUUAAGUCAAAAUCCAAAUUUAUAUGGUUCUCUUCAUAAUAACGGUCACAAUGCAAUCGCUUAUAUUCACGAUCCUGAUAAUAGAUUUUUGGAAAAUUAUGGCGUUAUGGGUGAUUCGGCAACAGCUAUGCGAGAUCCAAUAUUUUAUCGCUGGCACGCAUAUAUUGAUGAUAUAUUCCAAGAAUUCAAAUCUACCAUACCAAGUUAUACUAUUCAAAAUUUGGGCUUCGACAGCGUAAAUGUGCAAAGCAUCGAAGUAACAGCUACUGGGUUACCGCGUAAUGAAUUUGCGACGUUUUGGCAGCAAAGUGACACUGAGUUAUCUAGAGGCUUGGACUUUUUGCCACGUGGAUCUGUAUUUGCACGAUUUACUCACUUACAACACGCUCCAUUCAAUUAUAAGAUUGUCGUUGAGAACAAUGGAAAUCAGCGAGUUGGAACAGUUCGUAUCUUCUUGGCGCCUAAAUUUGAUGAACGUGGUUUACCAUUCUUAUUCAGAGAACAAAGAAAACUUUUUGUUGAACUUGACAAAUUUAGUGUAUCGUUAAAAAGGGGAAGAAACGAAAUCGUUCGUCGAUCAGUUGAAUCAUCAGUUACUAUACCACAUGAAGUAACUUAUAGAAACCAAGGAAGUAGCAGACCAGCUGCCAAUACAGACGCAGCGGCAACAUUCAACUUUUGUGGUUGUGGGUGGCCACAAAACAUGUUGAUAGCUAAGGGAUCAGUAGAUGGAUUCCAGUGUCAAUUGUUUGUUAUGGUAUCUAAUGGUGAAAAUGAUCAGGUGCCGAACGCGCAAGGAGACGCACAAGUGUGCGACGACGCGUCUAGCUACUGUGGCGUUCUUAAUUCCCGUUAUCCGGACGCCAGAUCCAUGGGCUAUCCGUUCGACCGCUUGCCACGGGACGGUGUUGUCACUCUCCAACAGUUUUUGACGCCCAACAUGGUCACGCAAGACGUGCGCAUUCGUUUCAACAACCGUACUGUAGCUCCGUUGCAAAACGCUACAGCGAACAGACCCGCAACGGGAACUACUCAAACUACUGGUAACAGGAGGAACUGAGGCAUUGGCAAAUCACAGUGAACACAACACGCACGAUCAAAAUUCCUGUACACCGAUUUUAUCAUAAGUCUAAAUAGCAUAAUAUUGUUGUCAUUAGUCGAUGUAUUGACAUUAACUUGUCUUUUCUUGCCCUUUUCUUGUAACAUUUGAAAAACUACUUUAUGAUCACUAUUAUCGUUACCAAGACAAACGCGUAAAUAAUAUAAUAGGUAUAUAAAACUGAAAACAAAUUUCUUUUUUUUUUCAAUUCAAAACUGUCAAAGAAACAUGUUUAUAUUUCAAAUUAUGGCCCAAUUUCUUUCUCAAAUCCCGACGAGGGAUACCUAGGUGAUGACUAGGUCGAUUUCUCUCAUUUCAACUAUAAUAUUAUUAUUGAAACGAAAAUUUUACAUUAAUCACUAUGUGCGUGUCAAUAUCUGUGUCUCGAUUUUAUUACACUAAUUUGUCUAUUCGAUUUUUAUCAAAUUGUAUUUAUUAAUGUAUUAUACAUAUUAAUAUACUACAUAAUAUACACAUUAUACUUAACUUACAAUAUUACUGAAUACACAUAUUAUAAUGAUUAUAGUUAAUACAUAUAUUAUACAUACAUUAUAUUUAUCUAAUAAAUUGCAAACUUUAAACCUA